AUGGAGCCAAAGAUGAUGCUGUUCCUCCUCCUCACCUUUAUGGCGCUCAUGCCCUCGACUUGCGCUUGGAAGCCUCAGCUGGGGGCUGCUUUGGUUGUCAGCGGCGGUAUCUUUAUUAUGAAGACCAGCUUCAUCAGUCGCCGAAACCAGCCUGCGACCUCCAAUGAAGACCUUCGCGCUCCGGUUGCCUCUUAUUGGGCUAAUGACCUCGACCUCAACUCCCCCUCUUCCGCCAAUUACCCAGCCGUCAAUUCUCCGAUGAACGAUGCUUCAGUCAUCGAUUACUCUCAGCUUCAACCUUUUACUCCUGUCUCCUCAAUCGAGUAUCCUGUCUGCCGGCCACGCGUGUAUAUCCCAGACGAAGAGCUCCUCCUAGUCGAUGAGGAUGAAGAGUCUACCAACAACAAGAACACUGCAUUCAGUCACCUCUCCACCAUUCUAGUCCUCUCUCUUCAUACGCUACGAGCCUGCAUCGAUAGGACUCUAGCCACCAUAAUCAAGCAUGGGCUCAAAUCGGUAGCCUCGGUCAUCUUUCUUGUCGCCUUUCUCGCCGGACUGCAACGUUCUCUGCUCAAAUGUGGACUACAGUUGAACGACUUCGGCCUUGUGCUCUUCUGUGUGACACAGGUCACCCUCAACUACGCCCGCACCAUUACACGAGGCCUUCGUCCGUUCUAUCUCAGUAUGCUACAGCUCCCAGCUUGGGCCAUUCCCAUGAUGGCGGGCGCGAGCAAUGCACUCAUGGUCUCUCUCACCUACUUUGCUCAAGUCAUUAGCACACUGGUGGCCUCAUGCUACAGUCGUGUGAUGCCAGACAUCCAGAACUGCCUCAUGAUCCUCCUCCUCGGAGUCAUUGGCAUUAUUCUAGCUUCGGGAUUCGUCAUCAUCGGAGUGGUAGGCAGUGUCUAUAUGGUCUUGACCUUUUGGUGUCAAGCUCUUCUCCGCCCCGGAUGGGAGCUCUUCUGGUGGAACAUCGAUCGAGCCACCAUCACCUGGGCUCGUUUCCGUGGCAGAGCGCCGACCCAGGAGCAGAUCAAUGAGCUAAAGAAAUCCAUGAUGCAGGAAUUCCAACAAGUCUUGCUGGCUAAUGGUGCCGAAGUGGCUCGUCGUGCGUUCCGUGAGGAUCUUGCGCAAGCGAAACUGUUUGGCGAAGGUACGAUUGCUCCUGAAGCCCGCAAUGCUCUGCACAAGACGUGGCGCAAGAAUCGAGAAGCUGUGCGCCAAGCUGCUCCGGGCGUGGCUGAGGAUCUGCUGGACGGCGACAACAUCGAAGACCUCAUGCUGCGGUUCAUUGCGGUGAAUGCCAAUAAAGACCGGAUUGCGCACAAGGAAUACAUCGAUGCACGUUUUGAAGAGUACCGGCCCAGCCCUGUCAUGAUGCGCGCCAUCACUCGCGAAGUUGUUGACGAUGCUCAGCUGGGUGCCAUGUCUGCCGACGCCUUCGAGAAACUCACCACCAACUUCGAGCAACUAGUCUGCGACCAAACCAAGCGCAGCUUCGACUCAUUUAGGCCUAAGUACGACGGUGCCAUUCAAGUUCGGACGCAGAUUAGGAAGAUGAGCAAAGAAAUUAUGACCAUCAAUGCCUCACUGAGGACUAUGGAAAGCACUCGAGCUCAGAAUUUCAGAGUAAAUCAGCUCACCGAGGACAAUGCGCAGAUGCGCAAAGAAAUGAAUACGAUGCAGCUAGCUCUGGCUCAAGUCCUUAGCCGACGAGAGAGCCGUAGCUCGGACAUGCAAGGCGCGUCGACGGAACCUGCUAACGACCAAGUUCCUUCCAAGCAGCCUGAACACCCCGUUCAGACUCUCCCUUCCCAGCAACACGAACGCACCGUUGUGGCCCUCCCUCCUCAGCAAGCUGCGCAUCGUGUGGAACAGCCAUCGGCCAUGGAGCGUCAGAUCGACCGGACUGCUUCGAGACUGUGCACCAGACAGUCGACUCAGCGGACUAGCCUCCUUGAUCCCGCGGAAGACGGUCUCAACCGGACUCAGAAGACUCGGCGAUCUGCUAUGGUCCCUCAGAAGCCUAUGCAAGUUCCUCCUGCCGUACAAAAGCCUACCGCACUCCCACUCCUUCCGACAAAGCUUGCGGCUCCGCUAGAAGAGGUUCCAAAGCCCGAGCCAAGCAUUAAGAAGACGCCCGCCACUGGGCCGACCUCUGAGGAUACUAGUAAGCACACCCAGACGCAUGUGCAAUUCGCACUUGCAUCUCAAGAGCCUGUCGGACUCCCGCCUCGUUCAGCCGACCGCGCGACUCUGGUUUCAGAACCUCCAAAGGCAGAGCCUGUUGUCAAGGUUGUUUCGAGCAAGGCCGAACCCUCGCAGGAUUCUAGUAAGCAGACUCAAACUCCGAUUGCGGAUGCUCCAAAACCGGAGCCUGUACUUAAGGAUGCUUCUCCCAUGACCGAGGCCACCGAGACUGUAAACAGCGAAAGACAUCAGGAAACUGUUGUCCUUCCAUCUGUUCCAGCCAACAUUCCAGCUCCGGUUUCAGGGACCUUGGAAUCAGAUCCUCUUGUCGCGCCUGUUUCGACCAACGACGAUGUACCAAAGCAAGAGAUGCUGCUGCCAGAGCCAGCUAUCAAAGCUACGUUGAUUGAAUCACACGUCGAGCCUCUGGCUGAAGCCGUGACCGAAACUACCUCGAUAGCAGUCAACGAUGUGCCAAACACUACGACAGCCUCGCUCAGCAUGGCUCAAGAAGUUCCAGAUGUGGCACAGAUCCACACCGCGGCGGUCUCUAGCCCAUCCGAACUCGUUGAUCCCGCCAACCUUGGAUGGGAACCUGCGCAGAUGCGCGGAGGCGUUCAUAGCGGCGGAAACAAGAGACGCAGUGCCGCGAGCAAGCCUGCUCAGAGAUACUCUCCUUACUCUCGGCCGAGCUUACCCAAGUCUCCGCAGCUGGAUUCCGCCACGCCUCCUCCGGUCAUUCUGCCCAUGUCUGCCUCAGCUGCUCCAUCCGAAGCUCCUGCGACUGCCUCGGUUUUGCCUUCUUCGCCUGGGUCGUCCACAUCUUUCGGCCCUACGCCGCUCACGAAGUCUCCGGUUGGCUACACGCAGACUCCUAACCAGGAUGAUGGCCUAGGCUACCUAUUCGAGUCAGACUCUGAGGACCCCCAGGAAGUGAAACUGGGCGGGACUGACGACAACGACUCAUCGGAACCAUUCACGCGCGAGCAGCCAAAUGAUGAUGCUGACAUGAUGAACGGUGUAAAUCAAUCACCUCCUACAAGACCGUUCAGCCCUAGUGUCCUGGCUCGUCCUGCAGGCGCGAACGCGCCAAUCGAUUUCAACUUGCACAACGCUUCUUCACAGUCACAGCAAGCUCCGGCUCGUCCCAAAGGCGCGAUUGCGCCGAUCAAUUCCAGUUUACAGAAUAGUCCGACACAGUCGCAUCAAGCGGCUGCGCCAAGUACUACUGGUGAAGCAUUAUAUGGGAACUUCAGCGGUCUCAAUCUUGGACUUCAGCCUCAACCCAAAGAGGAAGAUGCAGACACUGAUGUGAACAUGCCUGAUACGGGCACUUCUGUGACCAUGGCCAUUGUUUCAGAACCAAAUGUCUUCGGAUUUGGCACUGACUCGCAGCCAAAUGUGGACACGAACAUGGCGAACAAUGACAUGACAUCAACCUCUCAGCCCAUUACCGAGACGCCUGCUGAGUCGGCGAAUGCGCCCAUGACCAGCUUCGAUCUGUCGUCUCUUGGUUCUACAAUGCCUCCAAUGGCUCCCUUUGAUGAGAACCAAAACGCUGCUAUGGAGGUCGAGCCAACAUCAGCUCGUCAAGUUCCCAGCAAUGUGCACCCACUGUUUGGCGGCAGUGGCUUCACCGGCGUAAGCACUCCAAAGCCACCUAGAGAUCCUGCUCCUCCCACCGACGCUCAUGAUGUUGACAUGAGCAACCCUCAGCCAUUGGGCGACGGCCAUCUUUUCGGCACCGUCCUACCAUUGCAGCAGGCACAGCCAUCAAGGACACCUCUUCUGUCGGCUCAUGCGCAGCCCAAGAACGAUGCUCGAUCUCCGAGGAUUCCAGUCUCUGUGAAGAGAGCGCUUCCGGGACCAAAAUUGGUCACGAGAGAACAGCUUAAGGCAAAGGCUGAUGCCAAUGUUGUGUCGGUGGCCAAGAGUAAGGCUGAAGCUGAGGCCGAGCGCAAAUUGCCUAAGGUCGCAAUGGAUCCGUCGACGGUUCUUACUGACGCCAGCUACGGUCCUCCUAUCUCGGACAAGAGCCCCGAGAAGAAGCCAGAGAGCAUCGCGAAGCCACAAUCGAAGCCAGUCCCGAAUUCAAAGCCGCCGGCCAAGAGUAGAAAACAGCUUCUGGCCGAAGUAGAGCAGAGACGUGCGCAAGACGACCGACUGAGAGCUCAAGAGAAUGGCACUUCUACCGUCACACCUUCUGUUUUUUCCUCUCGAGCUCCUCUAGCGGCUACUGAUGGCUGGGAAGCUUUCACCAAGGGUUCGUCGUCUUUGUCAGGGCUAGCCUAUUCCGCGACUCCGUCCAAGAACAUUGUGUCUGCUGGUGCUAUGGCCGCGAAGCUGGCGAAUGAUCCGAAUUCAUUAUUUGCCACUAAGCCGAGUCCAAGCGGCCUGCGCGGAGCUCUCGCCAAUGUCCACGAGUCUGAUUCGAGCCCUCGGAACACUGGCGCACCGCGGAUCCCGGUCAAGCAACAACAGUCCGCCGCUCCCCUGCCUCGGUCCUUGCCGCCCGGAUUUGUCUACGAUCAACAGGGUCGACGAGUCCCUGCUAAGCAGCAAGGCGAAGUGUAUCACGCUGCAUAUGCUGCGCCUCAGACUAGCAGCAUUGGACCUGCCUAUGGACCACAGGGAAGCGCUGGACAGCAAAAGACGGGCGGUGCAGAAAUCAACUACACCAUCUUCGCUGACAUGUUGCGUGAGAACGCUGAUGAGGAAGCUAAAGACGCCGUGCCACCAUCAGCUCCGUUGGAUGAUGUUCAGCAGCUAUCUCAGGAGCAGAUUGCUGAACAGCAAGCUCGCCAGGCAAAGAAGCGACGCGCCUCGGAUGAGCAAGAAGGUGGCCAGAUUCCGCAGAAGGACCAGAAGGUCAGCAAGUCUGACGUUCCGCAGCGGGUUGAUCGUCCGAGCGAGAAGGAAGAGCCUAAGGGCGAAGCUUUCGAUGUAACUGACCCCCGCUACCUCGUCUUCAACCUGAUGUAUGCUUCCUGCUGGGCACAGACUAAUCAGCCUCAACAGGAGAAGCCGCACGCUACUACCUCUGAUGAGCAGCCACCGCCUGAGCCAAUCGCUCCGAAGUCGCCGAGGAAGUACCGCGUGCCCAAGCUUCGAAAACCGCGAGUCAAGGGCGAUGAUAACAAGGAGAUGUCACAAUUCUCAGAUACUGCUUCAACGCCUCCAAAUGCCGAGCAACUGCCUACACCUCCUCCUACCGCCACCUUCAGCUUGCCACAGAAGCGCCGGUCUCCAUCACCGCCGACGGACUACGCCAAUGCGCCGUCCGCGGUCAAGGUCGUUGACACGAGCACUUUAGAUCUGACGCGGUCGACUGUUGUCGAGGGCAAUGGGACAGAGGUCCCUCAGUCUGAGGAAACGACUGCUUCGGGGACGAACGAGCAAGCCGUUACGGAGCAGACUGAGACGGCUGCGCUGGAGGGCAAAGACACAGUCACUCCCGUGUCGAGCGAAGCCACUGCUGCUGAUGACACCAACGGCACAAAUGCUCCUAAUUCCACGAUCGAGAAUGGGAGGAAAUAG